UUCACUCUCUCUCUCCAGAAUAAAACCUCAGCAACCUUUCAAAGUCCAAACCUCUCUCUCUCCUCCUCUCCUCUUUCUCUCUCUGUAAUCUGAUCAGAAAUGAAGAAGCUAUACCACAAAGGCGCUGUCCACCCAUCACCGCCACUCAUCUCCGAUCACUUAGCUUUUUUGCCGGCGACGAUCUUGACCCUCACGGCGGUGCUCUCCCCGGAAGACAGAGAAGUCCUCGCUUACCUUAUCUCUUGCUCCUCCAGCAACUUUUCCGGCAAUCAGAAGAAUACCCAGAAGACUACCGCUACCGGCGGUGGAAGAGGCGGUGGCGGUGACCACCCACCUUCGUUCAACUGCAGCUGUUUCAGGUGUUACACGAGUUACUGGGUCAGGUGGGACUCGUCGCCGAAUCGGCAGGUCAUACACGAAAUAAUCGACGCGUUCGAAGAUGGGUUGGUUCAGGGGAAGAAGGAGAGAAACAGGAGAGAGAGAAGGAAGAGAGGUUGUAAUGGGCCGGACGAGUUGAAGCGGUCUGAGUUGAUGAGUUCGGGUAAGGGCAAGUUUACUGAGUCGGAAUCGGUGGACAAGGGUGGUGGUGGCGGUGGUGGAGGAGAAGGUUGUGGUGAUGAUGAGGGAGAGGAAGGUUUUGAGAAAGGGUCAGUGAGGAAGUUUGUUAGUUUCAUUGGAGAGAGGAUUUGGAGUGUUUGGACCUGAUGAUUUUGAGGGAAAAUAUGAAGGAAAAAAAAGAGAAGAAAAGAAAAGAAAAAAGAAAAAAAAGGUGGGUUCUACUUCUCUGUUAAAAUUAAGCCUUACAGUUUCUUUAAUUUUGGUAUUGAUCUUUUUCUUUUUCUUGGGAGCUGUAUAUUACUUAACCCUUUUCUUACAAUGAGAAAAAAUGGUUAGCUUUGGAUGAUCUUCCCAUGAAUUAGUUAUCUUCUUAGCAUUUGAAACAGCUUUUGUAUAUAUAUAUAUAUACACAUAUAUAUGUAUAUCUGUAUAUGGAAUGGAAGAGAUUAUGGGUUUUUCAGUAUAA